AUGAAAAGACACUCCUGCAGUCACGCGUCAUCUCACCGAACCGCGAGAUUUUCAACCAUCAGAGCAGCUGCUCGCCCGCCCUUCCCGGCCCCAGCCCCGGUGCUGAUGGCAGCGCAUCAUGGCGGCUGGCUGGCAGAUCUAGCAGCUAGCUGCCUCCUUGUCAGCAAGCGGUCCAAGUUCGAGUUUGCCCUUGUGGACAAAACACUUCGCAUGUCAGUUUGGGGCAGGUCGCAAGAUGGCGAAGACUUUGCCUGGGCAGGCCGCGCGACAGGUGUAGGAGGGGCCAAUGGUCUUUAUAAACUAGGUUCUUUGUUCUGGCUGCAGCAGCCUCCAGAGCCCUUGCGUUAA